GCUACGCCAACAAGCAAGGAGCGGUUCAACAACCUACUUUCAACCGUCCAAGUGGAUUUCAACCACAACAAGAAUAAUUUCAGCAACCACAACAAUCAAUGCAAGGUCAAGGUUCGGAUAUUGAUGCAAAACUUCAAAAGAUGAUGCAAGGCAUUGGUACCAUGUUUCAAGAGAGCCAACAAGAGACUAAGAGCGCUAUUAAGGAUUUGAAGACACAAAUGGGAUCCAUGGCGAUUGAGAUAAACAAAUUGAAAGCACAAAAUAGUGGGAAACUCCCUUCUCAACCUAUUAACCCAACAGAGGGUGUCAAUACAAUUACGUUGAGAAGCGGUACACAACUUAUGCAACCCGAAGUUACUGAUUCGGGCAAGGUGGAAACACCCAAGGAGUCGGUGUUGGAGGAAAAAAGGGAUGAAAUUCCCCAAACAACCGAGAUUUGCAAAGUCCAAAAUGGAGGAACUCGAAAAGGAGAUUUUGGACGUGUUAAGGAAGAUUCAUGUGAGCAUACCCCUCAUAGAUGCUAUAAAGAAAAUGCCAAAGUAUGCAAAGGUGUUAAAGGACUUGUGUACCAAUAAGAAAAAGCUCCAAGGUAAUGAAGUGCUAAGUAUGGGAGAGAAUGCUUCGGCAAUCUUACAACAUAAACUCCCACUGAAAUGCAAGGAUCCGGGUAGCUUUGACAUUCCCGUCACUAUUGGUAACACUACAUUUAACAAAGCAAUGUUAGAUUUAGGUGCAUCCGUUAAUUUUAUGCCUGCGUCCAUAUAUAAUUCACUUGAUCUUGGUCCUCUUAAAAAAUCUGGUAUUGUUUUGCAAUUAGCCGAUCACUCUAAUGUUUACCCAAUGGGUAUUGUUGAGGAUGUUCUUAUGCAGGUUAAUCAACUUG